GGAGGCGGGCCGGCCUUUGCCCAGGUCUGUUGUAGGUGCUCACCCACUGCUAGCUGCCAGGUCAGAGCUCUGUGUCUCAGACACUUGCACGCCAUUUUAAUAUCCUUAAAUUUUUGUCUGUGUUUAUGUGUGUUCCUGUUUGUGAGAGAGAGAGAGAGCAACUGAGGGAGGAAAUGUGUUUUUAUACAUUUGUGUGCGUGCUUCUACAUAUAUAUUUAUGUGUGUGUCCGUACCUUGCGUGUUGUAAGUCGUGUAUUCAAGAUCGUGUUUGUGUGCCUGUGUGAAGGCUUCAUGACGUGUGUGUUUGUGUGUUUGUUUGUGUGAUUUAGUGGUCAGUACGUGGAAGACAGGGAAUUCACUCCGGUAUUUUCUGUUGGUAGGUUGCCCAGUCCAUUGUGUCCUCCGGUGAUGAUGUUUUCACUGUCGUCCUCGUCUGUUGACACCAGGCCUGACCUCACUGACCUGUUGACACGUGAGCUUCAUGCAUUGGAGCCUCCUGUACUUUAGGUAUGUGGGGGAGGGGCUUACAUCCUCAUGUGAGCAUCGCUGCGGUCGUUGGUUCUUCACUCGCUCCUGGUAUAUCUCCCUCUCCACACGUGCAGACUACCAGCAGUUGUCAACCUCUCCUCGUCUCAGAAGCUGCUUUCCUCGGGACAUCCUGCCACUAACAGCAUUCUCACAAAGACCAUCUCCGGGUGGUCAACAUGUGGACAACAAUGAUUUUACUCCUGAUACUUCUCUCUGUGCUCUCUUGCCUUCAUGCUCAGAACAGCGGCAGCGCCCCCUCGCAAGUGCAGCUACAAUCCAGUAGCAUGGACUACGUGCUGUUUGGCUACAACAGUCUCAAGGGAUGCCCUUUGACACUAGGAUAUGAUCCGGGCUUUACUUUUCCCAUCUUUUCUGCCGAAGUGACCAGAGACAAUGGCGGGCCACGUGGCGUGCUUCUGUCCCACGAUGUGUCAUGUGACACGUCGUUUACGUCGACGGUGGUGAAGACGCCGUACGAACUGACCACGCUGCUGACUGGCACCGCACAAGUCGGUGCUGAUAGGUGGGGGCGUCCCUUCUCGGCCAGCCAACACUUUCAAAAGUUCUCCGAGGAACUGAAACAAAAUGUCUUGGUCUUGUCAACCGCUGUGUGCAGUAUCUAUCACGUGAAGCUGUUACUCUGGCAACCGCCAUCUUUUCAUUCAUCGUUCGUGGAGUGGAUCAUUAAACUCAACAACACUGAUGACGAGGACAUGUACCUGAAGUUCCUUGACACCUACGGCACACACUUCGUGUCACGGGCCCGCUUUGGGGCCUCGAUAACAGUCGUGCACAAGAUGGAGGAUAAGGUUUAUCGGAACCUCACGGAGGGUCACGUGAGAUCAGCUGCCAGCUUUGUGGCUGCUGCGCUAUUUGGACAACCCCAGACCUUGACCUCUGAUCAGCAAAAAGCAACAAACGAGUUUCAAAAUGAAGUGGAGACAACAACGAUUGCUGGCGGUGUUCCUCUACCUUAUGCAGGUAACAGUCUGACUUGGUUGACAGCAGCGAAGGAUCAACCCUCCGCCAUCCACUAUGACCUGACCUCUGUGGAGGUUCUCUUCUCAGACACCCUCAUGGGUAACUCGAGUCUCAUUGGCAGUUAUGGUAUUGACCACAUCAGGAUCAGGAACAACAUCGUGGCUGUCAAGACAAAGUACUGUUGGACUGUAAAGAGACAAGACCUGACAGGUGAGUGUGAAGGUAGUUCAGGUAAGACACUGCUUUCCACAAAGUUGAUGGGUAAGUCGGAAGACAGAGCCGCUGAGUCCGCUGACCAGUGUGUUGAGGGAUGCUAUCAGCUUCCGGGCUGCGUGGCUGUAAGUUUUUGUCCUGAGUGUAGACAGACAAACCUCAGCAACAACUGUCACGUGUUCAGUACUGGCGACAUACAGAGAGCAGUGAGCGACCCCAGGUGGCACACCACCAUGUUAGUUGACAAACUGGAGACAUUUGUAAAACUACAAAACACCACGGUGGUUGUCAACUCUAGUUCUCAGUCUAACAUCUCUACUGUCACCUCCACAGAGGACUGCCUCCAAUCUUGCAUUGAAGAUGCCACAUGCUUGGCCUUCACCUUGACUAACACUUCUGGGUCCUUAAUUACUUGCACGCGCCACACAGACUCACUUCAGUCCUUGACACAGGGAGCAAGUGUCACUGUGUACUUCCUCUCCCCGCUGGUAAAACGAAUUUUCAGAAGUGGACAGACGAGAGGCCUUGCUCCCUCCUCCAUGUACAACGACUGGAACAACACAGUCUGUGUCAUCGACGACGAGUGUAGUCAGGAAAACUCCAUGUGCUUUAUGAACAGGUGCCGCUGUCGUCCAGGGUUCUUCUCAACACGUGACUACACGUGCUCUGCCAUUACAGCCAUGUGUACAAGCCCACCUGACCCGCACAACACCUUCACGGAGUACCCUGACAGCGGAAUAAGGGGACACAAUCUCGUGGAGCGGGAUGGAGUCAGUUUGCAGACCUGCACCAACCUGUGUGUCGGCAACAGAGCUUGUCAGUCCUUUGAUUUCAGAGUCACUGGAGGGCGCUGUCUGCUUCAUGAGGUCAACGCGCUCCAGGCUCAGUCAGAGUGGUUUCCUCAGACCAGUCGAGGCUGGACCCACUACCAGAGAAGCUGCCUGCAGUUUCCCACCUUAUAUCCUGGACCUCAGUGGUACCACACACCCUGCAACAUCGACUUGGUUUGCCCUGAACCUAACAGUCAGUGUGUGUCGGGUAGAUGUGUGUGCAGGUCUCCCUUCAUUUUAUCUGAAGCUAAUGCCACGUGUCGAGUUCCUAAGUCAUGUCGAGAGUUGCAGUCAGCGGGAGCCAGGACAGGUGUCCACACCAUUCAAGUGGGAAGAGAAAGUUUCUUGAGGAGAGUCUGGUGUGACAUGGACACUAGUGAUGGCGGCUGGCUGGUGUUCCAGAGACGUAGAGACGGUUCUGUUGACUUCGACAGGAACUGGACACAAUAUGAAAACGGCUUUGGUGACAUCACCGGGGAGUUCUGGCUGGGGUUAUGGGAUGUGCACGUGCUAACCAGGGAGAUACCACAGCGACUCCGUGUUGACCUGGCAGAUAACAUUGGAAACCGUUACUACGCUGAAUACUCGUCAUUCAGAGUGGCUGCUCGUUAUACAAACUACAAAAUGUUCAUAUCGAACUACUCGGGUGAUGCAGGUGACUCCUUCAUUUAUCAUAACGGAGACGCGUUUUCAACCUAUGACAGCGAUAAUGACAAGUCAGGCUUUCGGAACUGCGCUAUGUAUUUUAAAUCUGGCUGGUGGUUCACAAAAGACUGUUACCACGCUAACCUCAACGGUCAGUACAACGUGGAAGCAUACGGCAUCAGUUGGAAAACGAUAUACAAUGAUUGGAGAAGCUUCGCAUUCUCUGAGAUGAAACUGAGACCAGCCUAGCAUCGCCUUGUCUCCUGUGGUCUCACUGUUUUCAUGGUCAGUCUGCCGUACACGACAGGUUUCACUGACGAGGUCAGCUCAGUGCAUACUGCUCUCGUCGUGUUGUGGAGUCAGCGCAGCCAACUUUGUUGACUCUGAUGGCGGUCCUGAUUGUGGUCUGAAUUACAUUAAAACUGUUGUAUUGUUUCUCUUAGAUUAAUUUUACUUGUUUCAAUCAAUAGGCUUAAAAUGUAAAGAAAUUCAAUAAUAAAUAUUUGAUUAUUGUAAAAUAUUUAUUCCAUGAAGGUCUCAUAAGACAUAUCUGAAUUUGCUUGUAUGGUAUUUCACAUAGUAUAAAACUUUCAUAAUGGACAAAGAAAGAUGCAAAAGUGCAGAGACUGAUUGUAUCAAACUUUGUAUCACACUUUGUUGUUUUUUUCAUUACAACUGCGCAUGACUUUAUGUGCACCGUGUGUACAACAGCUGAAGACAAUGAAGUCCAUCUUGAAUGAAGUCCAUCUUGUACUUUGCUGCUACAUUUACAGUGUUAAACAUAUUCACAACACACUGUUCUCAUCCAUAAAUUGAAGUAUUGUGAAUAAUUGAUCGGUAUUUCCAAAACACAAUUACAAUUUUAUUUCUUCUUAUUUU